GAGGACUGAGACUCCAUGUACCAAACCAGUCCCAUUAUCCUCCAAGGCAAGAACCAAUGGCCAGGCUCUUGCAGAUCCCACUGCUCCUGCUAACUACCCUGUCCUUGUUGAUACAGGCCCAGGAAAACCGGGAGGUAUGGAGAAAAUUCAUUGAUAUUGAGCAGGACCAUGCAUUUUUCCCAGAGACCCUUCAAUUUGCCAUAAAGCAGUACAACAAGGACAGCGAUGAUGAGUACCUCUACCAGAUGACUCAGCUGAUUCGAGCCCAGGAGCAGCUGUCAACGGGAUUUGAGUACCUCAUAGACAUGAAACUCAGUCGGACCAUGUGUACAAAAGAUGUCGAAUUUGAUCCUGCUGACUGUGGCCUUCAAGAGGACCCAGAAUUGUAUAAGGUAAUCAACUGUACUUUUUUUAUUUUUGCUGUGCCUUGGGAUAGACAAUAUGAGCUGAGGAGCAGUAACUGUCCUAAUGUUUAGCUGGGUUCCUGUGAGGAGCUACAGUUACAAGUGUUCUUUCCAGCCUCUUCUAUCUCCUUAAAAAAGGAGAGCAGAAAUUCACUGUUCUGGA